AUGGUGGCCUUUUUCCUGGCCGAACUGGCGCAGCACCGGUGCCUCCUUUUCCUGAUUGUCAUUUUGGGAUUCGGAGGAAACCUUCUGGUGGGAUUCCAGAUCUCCGUCAUCACUUACCCUUCCCAGGACGUCCAGGCCUUCCUGAAUGCCUCGUGGGUCCGGCGUUUUGGGGCGCCCCUCCCCCCGGAGUCGCUGACCCUGCUCUGGUCCUUCGUGGUCUCGGUCUUCUGCCUCGGGGGCCUUUGUGGCUGCCUGGCCAGCGGGACCCUCGUCCACCGACAUGGGAAGAAGAAGGUGCUGCUGGGCUCGGACGUGGUGGGCAUCCUGGGCGCCGUCCUGAUGGGCUUCAGCCGAGGGGCCGACUCCUGCGAGAUGCUGCUGGCCGGGCGCUUCUGCUACGGGGUGGCCGCAGGGAUCUGCAUGAACACCGUGGGGCCCUACCUGGUGGAGAGUUCGCCCCUCCGGCUCCGGGGCUUCGCCAUCACGGCCUCCAUGGUCUUCUUCGCGCUGGGGAAGGUCCUGGGGCAGGUCCUGGGGCUCAGGGGGGUGCUGGGGGGCCCCUCCCGGUGGCCGCUGCUCCUGGCCCUCAACGGGGUCCCCGCCCUGGCCCAGCUGCUGCUCCUCCCGCUCUUCCCGGAAACGCCGGCGCACCUCCUGCUCCAGGAAGCGGACAAGGAAGCCUGCCUCAGGGCUAUGCGGAUGCUCUGGGGCCCCGACCACGGACACGGACACGAAGCCCAAGUGGCAGAGAUGCUGCGGGAAGCGGAGUCAGAUGCCCGUGCGGACGGGAAGCGGAAGUGGGGGGCCCUGGAGGUCCUGAGGGCCCCUUCCCUGCGCUGGCCCCUUGCCCUGGCCCUCCUCCUCGUCCUCGGCCUCCAGCUCUGCGGGCUCAGCGCGAUCUACUUCUACGCCUUUGACGUCUUCCGCGCGGCCCGCAUCCAGGAGGGCCUCAUCCCCUUCGUGACGCUGGGCACCGGCGCCUCUGAGUUCCUGGCCUCCAUCCUCUGCGCCACCAUCAUCGACCGCUUCGGGCGGCGGAUCCUGCUCUGGGGCGGCUUCCUGAUGAUGGGCCUCUCCAUGGCGCUCCUCAUCCUCGCCCUCUUCUUCCAGGACCGGCUUCCUUGGCUCUCCUACUUGAGCAUUGCCUUCAUCUUCGUCUUCAUCGUCUUCUAUGCCAUCGGUCCUGCGGGGGCCACCUUCGCCUUCAUGAUGGAGGUCUUUGGCCGCACGGUCCGGCCGCCGGCGCUGGUCAUCCUGGGGACCGUCCUCUGGUUCGGACUCUUCCUCUCAGGAAUGGGCUUCCCCUUCUUGGUGGAGUCAAUGGGAUACUUCUGCUUCCUGAUCUUCUUGGCCGUGGAUGCUGGGAUCGCCGCCUUCGUCUACUUCUUCCUCCCAGAAACCAAAGGGAGGUCCGUUACGGAAAUUACCAACGAACUUCGGGGGAUUAAUUUGGGGGGCAAACGAGCCCCGGGGGGCAGCCUCUGCACUAAGUUAGGCCUCUUCCAGAUGCUGCUGGUGCUGGGGGUCGGGGGGAACCUCCUGGUGGGAUUCCAGAUUGCGGUCAUCGGCUUCCCGUCGGCGUACAUCAAGGCCUUCAUCAACGAGACCAUGGGACCGGCCGCUGCCCCCCGAGAGCAGACCCUGCUCUUCCUCUGGUCCUUGGUGGUCUCCAUCUUCGGCAUCGGGGGCCUCCUCGGGUCCCUCGUGAGCGGGUGCCUGGCCCUGCGGUUUGGCAAGAAGCGGACCCUCCUGGGCAACGACCUCCUGGUCCUUCUGGCCUCCGUCCUCCUCGCCUUCAGCCAAAGGGCCGUUUCCCUCUCGAUGCUCCUCCUCGGACGCUUCUUGUUCGGAGUCAGUGCCGGCAUCUCGAUGGCCAUCCACCCGCAAUACGCCGGAGAGGUCUCCCCAAAGGGGCUUCGGGGUUUCGCCAACGCAACGUCCGGCUUCUUCUGGUCCUUUGGGAAAUCCUUGGGGCAAAUAUUAGGACUCAGGGAGCUGCUGGGGACGCAGGGGUCGUGGCCUUGCCUGCUGUCCUUUGCCGGGGUCGCGGCCUUGGCCCAGCUGCUGACCUUGCCCUUCUUCCCAGAGUCGCCUUCAUUCCUCUUGAUCCGAGAGAAGGACGAAGCGGGGUGCCGGAAAGCCUUGCAGAGACUGUGGGGCCCCGGGGCCCACGAAGAAGGCCUGGCCGAGCUCAAGGCGGAAGCGGCACCAGACCCGCCCUUGAGCCCCUUGGCGCUGCUGAGAGACCCCUCCCUCCGGCCCCAGAUGCGGAUCCUGGCCGCCUCCGUCCUCACCUUGCAGCUCUGCGGCAUCAAUGCGGUCUAUUUCUACACUUCCGACGUCUUCCGCACUUUGGGGUUCAAGGAGGACCUGAUCCCUUACGUUUCCCUUGGAGUCGGGUUCUGCGAACUGGCUUCGGCCGUCCUUUGCGCGCUGACCAUUGACCACUUCGGCCGCCGGGCCCUCCUGUGGGGCGGCUGCGGGGCCAUGGCCACCACCCUGGGGCUGCUGACCCUCGCCCUCGGCCUCCAGGACCGGCUCCCCUGGGCCUCCUGCGCCAGCGCCGCCCUCGUCUUCCUCUUCGUCGCCGCCUUCGGACUGGGGCCCAAUGGGGCCGCCAUGUCAGUCAUGAUGGAGAUCUUCCCCCACUCGUCCCGCCCCUCGGCCUUUGUGAUUGGUGGCUGCCUCAACUGGGCGGGGCUCUUCCUCAUUGGAAUCACCUUCCCAUUCGCUGUGGUGAGUGCCUGUCAUUCCCUCGGGCCAGAUAUGCAAAUCCCGGCCUGCUCUGAGCCAGUCCAGCCACUCCUCCCUUCCUCCCUUCCUCCCUUCCUUCCUCCCUUCCUUCCUUCCUCCCUUCCUUCCUUCCUUCCUUCCUUCCUUCCUUCCUUCCUUCCUUCCUUCCCAGGGUGCCUUGGGGCCCUUCGUCUUCCUCGUCUUCGCCAUCGCCAUGGCAGCCUCUGCGACGUUCUUCUUCCUCUUCCUCCCGGAAACCAAGGGGAAGUCCUUGGCAGAAAUCGACGCAGAGUUCAAGGCGAAGCUGAGGCCGAGAAACAAGAUGGCCGCCGUCUUCCAGAAGGGCUUCCGGAAAGAUCCGUCCCCCUACGAGAACUUCUGAAUUGUUUUCUGCAUAUGCCGCCAGCUGGACAACUGGACACUCAGACCCCCGGCCUGACCCUGGAUGACCCCAGGGCCAAAAUGUCGCCCUCUUCUUCCACCUUUUGGGACGCAAUCCAGUACCGGAAGCUCCUCCAAAUGAUCCUGGUCCUGGGGAUCGGAGGGACCUUCCAGGCCGGCUUCCAGGUCUCCAUGAUCACCUUCACUUCCCCACACGUGAAGGCCUUCCUCAAUACCACUUUCCAGGACCCCAUUUCCCCCGAGACCCUCACCUUCCUCUGGUCCUCGGUCGUCUCCAUCUUCGCCUUCGGGGGCCUGUUGGGCUCCAUCGCCAGCGGCUACUUGGCCACCAAAUAUGGCAAGAAGAGGUGCCUUCUGGGCAACAACCUUGCGGUGCUGGCCGCCUCCUUGUUGCUGGCCUCCAGCCGGUGGGCCGCUUCCUUUGAGCUGAUCCUCGCCGGACGUUUCCUGUGCGGAUUCUGCACUGGGCUGGCGGUCCCUCUGCACCCGCAGUACCUGGGGGAGGUCUCCCCGAAAUCCCUCCGGGGCUUCGCCAAUGCAACCGCCUCCGCUUUCUGGAGUUUGGGGAAGGUCUGCGGACAGGUCACCGGGCAGAGGGAGGUCCUGGGCUCGGCUGACCGCUGGCCCUUCCUGAUGGCCUUCAGUGGCCUCCCGGCCUUGGUCCAGCUCCUGACGCUGCCCUUCUUCCCAGAGUCCCCGCCGGACCUCUUCUUGCGCCGAGGGGACGAGCAGCGCAGCAGGGAAGCCAUGAAGGCCUACUGGGGGGCAGGGAAGCCCUGGCAGAUCCAAGAGGAGAUGGAGGACCUUUGGCGGCAGAAGGCGAGCGGAGGCCCCUCCUCGGCCGGGGGUCCCGGGGCCUGCUGGGCCUUGUUCCGGGAGCGCUCCCUCCGCCGCCAGCUCUGCCUGCUGACCCUGCUGACCACGGCUGUCCAGCUGAGCGGCAUCCAGGCAAUCUACAGCUACACCUUCGAGGUCUUGACUGCGGCCGGGUUCAAAGAGGACGUCAUCCCGUCCUUGUCCGUGGGCCUCAGCGCCUUCGAGCUGCUCUCGGCCCUCCUCUGCAGUGCCGUCAUCGAACGGUUUGGGCGCCGUGUCCUGCUGUGGGGCGGAUACUGGGUCAUGGCCUCCGUUCUGGCCGGACUCACCUUGACCCUCUCCUUCCAGCAUUUACAGCCUUGGAUUCCUUACUGCAGCCUUGGCCUCAUUUUUGGCUAUGUCUUCUCCUUCGGGAUGGGACCAGCGGGGGCCACGGCGUCUGUCCGCAUGGAGAUCUUUGACCAGGCCUCGAGACCCUCCUCCUUCGUCUUCAGCGCAGUCUUGAAUUGGCUCGGGACCCUCUCCAUCGGGCUGGUCUUCCCCUUCAUUGUGGAAAGCUUUGGCCAGUUCUGCUUCCUCCUCUUCAUGGGCGUCUUGUACGUCUCCGGAUUCCUCGUCUACUUCUAUCUCCCAGAAACCAGAGAGAAGUCCAUCAUGGAAAUCAGGAAGGACUUCGACAAGAUUAAUUUCAAGAAGGAAUUGGAAACGAAUGCUGCCAUUGAGGCCCCCGCCUUCUGCACCAAAUUAUAAGGAGCGACUGGGGGAAAAAUAGAUUAUUUUUAUGAUUCAAAGGACUUUUUGGACCCCAAAAUCCCUUCUUUCUGGAAAUUCAAAUUUAUGCUUCCGUUUUUUGGUUAAACAAUAAAGUAACUGUUCUAGCUCUCCAA